AUGCCUUCCCUCCGGAGUGCCCGGGACGCUCGGCGGAUGCCUGCCGCCCGUCCCGGGCCCACGGCAGACGCCCGUCCCUUGACGCUCGGCGGACGCCUGCCCGCCCGUCCCGGGACCCGCCCACGGCGGACGCCUGCCCCGCCCAUCCCAGGACGCUCGGCGGGGACGCCUGCCCGCCCGUCCCGGGACUCUCGGCGGACGCCUGCUGCCCGUUCCCAUUGGCGGGACGCUGCGGCAGAGCUGCCCGCGGUGCCCGCACCGCCCUCCCGGGGACGCUCGGUCCCCACCCGCCUCCCGUCCCCGGGAUGCUCGGCGGACGCCUGCCCGCCUGGGGCCCGCGGCUCGCCCGGGACGCUCGGCGGCCACCUGCCCGCCCGAGUGAACAACAGUUAUCCACUGCCUAUCAUCCAGAAACUCAUGGUGCCCACUUGGAAGGUUCCACCAGACAUUGAAAAGUAUGCUGACAAAGUCACUGCUCCGACCCCUAUGUCAGCUCCUCCAACCCCAAAGAACAUCUCGACCACUAAGGUGAUUACCCAAACCCCUACACCGCCAUUAGUUCCUGUUUUGCUUGUGGAAGCAAGAACUCGGACUGAAGCAUCGCCAGUCCCAAGGAUGGACAUUGAAAUGCAGACUGAAGAACUGCCUUUGUGUCCCAAUAGAUCUACUCAGACGGAGCCCAUUGUCGUUGGAGAGGAGAUAGCAGAUAAUCUCUUCACCUUCCUAGAGUUCGGAGCAUAUAUAGUCAAAGCUGUCAGAGAAGCAAGUAUAAUGGAAAUCAACACAUUGAUUAACGACCUCUUCAACGAUGCCAAAAAAAUACGAGAUGGAACUCCUAGAUGA